UCCCAGUGCCGUGCCCCCGGGGAAGGAGGUGUCCCCAGUCCCCCCUGGAUGCCGCUGUGAGGAGGUGGAGGCGCUGAAGAUGUCCGGCUCCAUCGCCUCGUACGAUCAAUUGGUGCGGCAAGUGGAGGCGCUGAAGAAGGAGAACAGCCACCUCCGGCGGGAGCUGGAGGACAACUCCAACCACCUCUCCAAGCUGGAGAAUGAGACCUCGGACAUGAAGGAGGUCCUGAAGCACCUCCAGGGCAAGCUGGAGCAGGAGGCGCGGGUCAUGGUGUCCUCGGGACAAACGGAGGUCCUGGACCAGCUGAAAGCCCUGCAGAUGGACAUCACCAGCCUCUACAACCUCAAGUUCCCCCCGGAGGUGCCUGGAAGCGGGCGCAGCGCCGAGGACACCCCAUUGCCACCCGCACCGCAGCGGGACAGCAGCGGGGACCUGGGCAGAGCCACCUUCCGGAUGCUGGAGGAGCUCGACCGGGAGAGGUGCUUCCUGCUGGGUGAGAUUGAGAAGGAGGAGAAGGAGAAGGUCUGGUACUACACCCAGCUGCAGAGCCUGGCCACGCGUCUGGAGGAGCUGCCCCAUGUGGAGACGUUCUCCAUGCAGAUGGAUCUCAUCCGGCAGCAGCUGGAGUUCGAGGCUCAGCACAUCCGCUCGCUGAUGGAGGAGCGCUUCGGGACGGCGGAUGAGAUGGUGCAACGGGCGCAGAUCCGGGCAUCCCGGCUGGAACAGAUCGACAAAGAGCUCAUGGAGGCACAGGACAAGGUGCAGCAGCCGGAGCCGCAGCUCUGUGGGAAGGUGCCGGGCAUGGAGGGCGAUGGCAGCCUGGACCCCCCAACCCACCCCGAGGAGGGGGGCAGCAGCAAGGUGGAGGUGGUGUUCUGGCUCCUGUCCAUGCUGGCCACACGGGACAAGGAUGACAUGUCCCGCACGCUGCUGGCCAUGUCCAGCUCGCAGGAGAGCUGCCUGGCCAUGCGCAAGUCGGGCUGCCUGCCCCUGCUCAUCCAGAUCCUGCACGACUCGGACGGCGAGCCGAGCCCCCCCGAGAGCCCCCCCGGCACCAAGGAUGCUCGCAUGCGUGCCAAUGCGGCCCUCCACAACAUCGUCUUCUCCCAGCCUGACGAGGGCCAGGCCAAGAAGGAGAUGCGAGUGCUGCACGUGCUGGAGCAGAUCCGCUCCUACUCAGAGACCUGCUGGGACUGGCUGCAGAUGCAGAGCAGGGAUGGGGGCAGAAGCCUUGAGAAUGGCACAGCCCCAGUGCCCAUCGAGCCCCAGAUCUGCCAGGCCACCUGCGCCAUCAUGAAGCUCUCCUUCGACGAGGAGUACCGGCGGGCCAUGAACGAGCUGGGAGGGCUGCAGGCGGUGGCUGAGCUGCUGCAGGUGGACUACGAGAUGCACAAGAUGACAAACGACCCUCUCAACCUGGCGCUGCGGCGCUACGCGGGGAUGGCCCUCACCAACCUCACCUUUGGAGACGUGGUCAACAAGGCAACGCUGUGCUCCCGCCGGGGCUGCAUGGAAGCCAUCGUGGCUCAGCUGGGCUCUGACAGCGAGGAGCUGCAUCAGGUGGUUUCCAGCAUCCUGAGGAACCUCUCCUGGCGGGCUGACAUCAACAGCAAGAAGGUGCUGCGGGAGGUGGGCAGCGUGACUGGGCUGAUGCGGUGCGCGCUGCAUGCGGGCAAGGAGUCUACUCUGAAGAGCGUCCUGAGCGCGCUGUGGAACCUGUCUGCGCACAGCACGGAGAACAAAGCUGCCAUCUGCGGGGUGGACGGGGCGCUGGGCUUCCUGGUGAGCACCCUCACCUACAAGUGCCAGAGCAAUUCGCUGGCCAUCAUUGAGAGCGGUGGUGGCAUCCUCAGGAACGUCUCCAGCCUCAUCGCCACGCGGGAGGACUACAGGCAGGUGCUGCGGGACCACAACUGCCUGCAGACGCUGCUGCAGCACCUGCGCUCGCACAGCCUCACCAUCGUCAGCAACGCUUGCGGCACGCUCUGGAACCUGUCCGCCCGCAGCCCCCGCGACCAGGAGCUGCUGUGGGACCUGGGGGCGGUGAGCAUGCUGCGCAACCUCAUCCACUCCAAGCACAAGAUGAUCGCCAUGGGCAGCGCAGCCGCUCUGCGCAACCUCCUCACCAACCGGCCCCCCAAAUACAAGGACACGGCCGUGGUGUCACCAGGUUCCUGCAUGCCCUCGCUCUACAUGCGCAAGCAGAAGGCGCUGGAGGCUGAGCUCGAUGCCAAACACUUGGCUGAGACCUUUGACACCAUGGAGAAGCAGAGCCUGAAAAGCCAGAGCGUGAAGAAGCCCACGCGGCACGUGGAGAGCUUGGUGAAGGACUACGCCUCCGACUCCGGCUGCUUCGACGAUGACGAGGUGCCCAACAUCUCCACCGGCGUGGAGACCGCCAGCGCUUCCGUCCUGUCCAUGUUCCUCAAUUCCUCCUUCCUGCAGGGGCAGGCGCUGCCCCGGGCACUGGCACAGAGGCGAUGCCCGGAGCCGGAGAAGGACGGCAGCAGCAAAGCAUCCGAGCCCAAGAAGCUGCCACUGCCAGAGGACGACGUCUCCUUGGCUGCCGAGAAGUUGGCCAACAAGAUCUCCAGCACGGUGGCCAAGAUCGACAAGCUGGUGGAGGACAUCUCUACCAUGCACACGUCCUCAGACGACAGCUUCAGCCUCAGCUCGGAGGACCACUGCCUGGAAUGGCAGUAUGGCCCCGAGGAGGUGCACGAGGCGCGCGCCCAGUCCUGCUCACCCUGCCACCUCUCGGAUGCCGGCGGCUUCACCAAGCGGGAGGGCCUGAGCCGGGCGCACACGCUGCUGCGGCUGAAGACCGCCUACACCAGCCUGUCCAACGACAGCCUCAACAGCGGCAGCACCAGCGAUGGUUACUGCACCAAGGAGCACAUGAAGCCCUGCACCAGGGCCUCCUUCCUUGACUACCGGGAGGAGCUGCAGCGGUACCAGAAGCGGCCAAGCCGGCUUGACCUCAAGAGCAUCCUGAGCAGCAAGCCCGAGCGGGCUGAACCCCCCACGCUCAAGGGCAGAGACCCGGCUGAGCCAGACAAGCCAGAGCAGCGAGACCUUCCUGAACGGGCCAAGAAGACGGUGACCUUCCCCAGCCCAAAGGCACUGGAGAAAGAGGCUGAGUGGAAGAAGGAGGCGGGCAGCAAGCUAUCCCCUGACUCCCAGGUCCGCACCAUCAAACUCUCCCCAUCCUACCAGCACAUCCCCCUGCUUGAGAGCCUGGCAAAGACUGGCAUGGCCACUGGCACCGGUCACCACUCCUCCCUCCUGGGCAGAAAGCAAGCCUGGCUUCCCCCCACGCUGCUGCAGACAGCUGAGACCUUGAGCAAGAUCCCGGAGAAGCUGCCUGCCCACCCGCCGGCCACAGCGGAGCAGGAGUCAGUACAGAAGUACUCGGUGGAGGACACCCCAAUCUGCUUCUCAAGGUGCAGCUCCCUCUCCUCCCUCUCCUCGGCAGAUAAUGUGCUCGACGGGCAAAGCCACAGUGAGAAUGAAUUGGACAGUGACUCCUCCCUGGAGAUCCUGGAGAUGGAGGAAGAGGAGGCAGAAGGAGAGGAUGGGAGGCAGGAGAAGGAGAAGGCAGUAGAUACGGAUCUAGCCAUGCCGGUGGGGAUUUCCCAGCCCAUCAGCAUCCCCUUCCCAAAGCAUGACAAGGUCUUCCUGCGGGAGUCAUCCCCAUCGCACCAGGAGGACCUCACGCCCUCGAGCUCCUCAGAGAACUACAUCCAGGAGACACCACUGGUGAUGAGCCGCUGCAGCUCCGUCAGCUCCCUGGGCAGCUUCGAGAGCCCCUCCAUCGCCAGCUCCAUCCAGAGCGACCCUUGCAGUGAGAUGAUCAGCGGCACCAUCAGCCCCAGCGAGCUGCCCGACAGCCCCGGGCAGACCAUGCCCCCCAGCCGCAGCAAGACCCCCCUCUUCGAGCUGGGCUGCCAACCGGAGAAGGAGACCAGUCAGUUCAACAUCCAGUGGGAGAACAACGUCAAGAAGUUCAUGGAGAUCACGGAUUUCAAGGAACGCUUCCAGCUGCCCCAGGACCUGGACUCCAUGGUCUACUUCACAGUGGAGAAACCCAACGAGAACUUCUCCUGCGCCUCCAGCCUGAGCGCGCUGCCCCUGCACGAGCACUAUGUGCAGAAGGAUGUGGAGCUCAAGCUGAUGCCCACCUUCCCCGAGAAGAACAGCCUGAACUUUGUGGCUCAUGAGAAGAGGGAGGAGCGGCGGGAGGAGCGGUACCUGGAGGGCCGGCGGCGAGCUGACCGCGCUGAGCCCCCCGAUGAUGAUGACAUUGAGAUCCUGAAGGAGUGCAUCAGUUCCGCCAUGCCCUCCCGCUUCCGCAAGGUGAAGACCUCCCUGCUCUCCGGCCAGGUCCUGCACCCCCAGACAAAGAAGCCGGUGCACGUCCCUGUCUACAUGCUGGUGCCAGCCCACACGCACCCCGGCAUCCCCAAGCACCUGCGUGCUGCUGCCCGUGACCUCUUCAAGGACGAUGACUCCUUCACUGACUCUGCUGAUGGGACCCCCGUUAACUUCUCCAGCGCUGCCUCGCUGAGCGAUGAGACCCUGCGCUACCCGGCCACCGAGGAGGCCGAGCCCCCCCGCGGCCCAGGCACAGGGCACCCGGUUCGCGAGGCUGGCACCAUCCCGGCCAGGAGAGCCGCCUCCGGCAGCUCGGCGCCUGCCCGGCUGAGCUCAGCCCGCAAGGGGAAAGCAGGAUCGAGCUGUGGCCAAGGUGGGGACGGGAAGCGGGGCCAGCCCCCUGCAAAGGGUGGAGCCAACCUGGAGCUGGAGGUGGGGAGGACCAAUGGUCCCCCCCCUGGGAGGAAGGAUGCUCCCCAGGAGGACGGGGUGGCCUUCCAGUCGCUGUGCCACACCACACCGACAGAGGAAGCUGUCUACUGCUUCUACGAGCAGGACUCGGACGAGCCGCCCGAGGCAGGCAAGGGGGUGUCCAGCAGCAGAGCCCAGCCCGGCCAAGUGCCCAGGAAGGAGAACAGGGGCAGCUCUGGCCCCCGGAGGGAGCCUGAGCCCCGGCCCAGUCCCCGGCCAGUGAAGAUGAAGCCACAGAACAACCUCAUCGCUGAUGAGACACCGCCGUGCUAUUCCCUCAGCUCCUCCCUGAGCUCCCUGAGCGAUGCCAACCUCUCCGACAGCGAGGAGCGGGGCCAGCCCUGUGGCAAAGCCGCUUGGUUGCGGUCAGCUGCAGCAGCAGGGCAGGCUCAGGGGGGCUCCCCCAGCUCCCCCAGCCUCAACUCAGAGGAUGAUUUGCUGCAGAAGUGCAUCGGCUCAGCCAUGCCCAAGCACCGGCGGCCCUCAGCUCGCCGGAGGAUGGCAGAGCGCAAGCAGAAGCCAGUGGGUGCCAGUGGGAGGGAGCGGAAAGCAGAGGGGAGGCACUGCCCCACCGAGGAUGCCAGCUCCGACCGGGGCUCAGACCUGGACAGUGUGGAGUGGCAAGCCAUCCAGGAGGGCGCCAACUCCAUAGUCACCUGGCUGCACCAGGCUGCUGCCUCCCUCUCGCGGGAGCCUUCCUCCGAGUCUGACUCCAUCCUCUCCUUCAUGUCGGGGCUCUCGGUCGGGUCCACCCUGCAGCUCUCCUUGGGCAGGCAGGAGAAGAAGCGGGCUGGCAGCGUGGCCAGCCGGGAUGCAGCGAGGCGGGAGCACAGCAAGAGCCGCCCAGAGAGAAAGGAUGUGCCCGGUGCUCGUUCUACCGGACGUGGAAGUGCCAGGGCAGAGCGGAGCCCAGCUCCCACCAAGCCGGUACCGAACCUGCCCGUGGUCUUCCGCGGCAGGACCGUCAUUUACAUGCCCAGCCUGGCCAAGGACACCCCCAGCCCCAGGGCCACCCCAAAGAAAAGCCCUGCAACGAAGCCCGAGGCGCCGCCGGCCAAGAACCUCUCCCUGAGCCAGCAGCGCUCUCGGAGCCUGCACCGGCUGGGCAAGCCCCCCGAAACCGGGGACCUGGCGCUGCCCAAGAGGAGCACAACGCCGCCCGCCCGCAUUGGCAAGGGCCCCCCUUCCUCCGGCUCCUCCCGCACCUCCACCCCGUCCCAGCAUGGCCCCAAGAAGCUGCCGUCGCCCUCCCAGCACACCAAGCAGGGUCCUGCAGCCACGGGCAAGGCGGGCAGCUCCUCCUCCCCACCCGGCCCCCCGGUUAAAGCCCCGGCGCCCAGGCCCUCGGCUCCGAAGCCGUCCAAGACGCAGAAAUCCCCCGUCCGCAUCCCCUUCAUGCAGAAGCCCAGCAGGAAGGCGCUGCCGGGCCGGGGGCCCAUGCCGGUGCUGGAGGAGCAGGUUGACGGUGGGAAGGCUCGGGGCAGCAGACCGGCGGGGGGCCGGCUCAACCUGGUGCGGAUGUCGUCCACCCGUUCCAGUGGCAGCGACUCGGACCGCUCCGGCUUCCUGCGCCAGCUCACCUUCAUCAAGGAAUCCUCCAGCCUCCUACUGCGGCACCGCGCCGAGCUCUCCCCCGCGCAGCCCCGCGCUGCCUCCCCGCAGCGCAGCCGAGACACGCUCCCGGCCGUGUUCCUCUGCUCCUCCCGCUGUGACGAGCUCAAGGCAGCCAAGCCGGCGGCCUCCAGCCCGCGGCCCCUCGUCCCCAGAGCCCAGCUCGGCAGCAAAGUCCCCACCGGGGUAAAGCCACCGCGGAGAACCAGCUCCGAGAGCCCGUCCCGGCUGCCGGUGAAGACCAGCGUCCCUGCGCCAGAGCCCUUCAAGAGGUAUUCGUCCUCGCCCAACAUCAGCGUGGCGCGGAGGACGGGCAGCCCUUCCUCCGUCCUCUCGGCCCGCUCCGAGGCUUCAGCGCGGCAGCGGCAGCAGCCUGAGGCAGCACCCGGUGAGCAGCCGGCGAAGCCGCCGGUGGUGGUGAUGAAGGGCACGUGGAGGAGGAUUCGGGACGAGGACAUCCCGCACAUCCUCAAGAGCACGCUGCCCUCCUCGGCCCUGCCGCUGGCGGGGGCUGGCGAGGACGAGCGCCCCAGCAGCCCCAGCCCCAGGAAGACCAGUGAUGCCGUGGUGCAGACUGAGGACUUCUCCACCACCAAGACCAACUCCAGCACCUCUCCCACCCUGGAGACCCAUGAGGGGCCCCCGCACACCCGUGCCGCCUGCGAUGGAGAAGCUCUGGUGCCACCCAAGGCCGCGCUGCCCAUCUCCUUCAGCCACGAGGCACCCGCCAGUACAUUCCCCACCAGCCGGCACGGCUCCCCAAGCAAAGCCGCCCGCGUCACCCCCUUCAACUACGUCCCCAGCCCCAUGGCGGUGACAGCGGUGGCUGACAAGGGGGUGGAGAAAAUCCAGGCUUGAGCAGCCCCGGCGAGGGUCCCAUGACACCCUGUCCCAUGGGAGCCGGCCAGAACUGUGCUGGGGUGGGGACACAGCAGCAUGGGAUGCUUGGGAACCAAAAGCCAUCCCAAUCCGCUGCCUGACCCGGUUGGGGUCUUGCUGUACCAGAGCAUCGCAGUUCUCGGUGCUGAGGACCAAAGCAGAGCCAGGGGGACCUGCUGGGUGCUGGGAUGGGGCUGAUGCUCAACCCAGGGUGAGUCUCAGUGGCCACCUCCUCCCACUGCUGGACACCCUGGAACAAGCUGAGGGAGAAGCUGUGCCCUCAUCCUGCUCACCUGCCUUGGGCAGAGGCUGAACCAGGACCUGAGCCUGCACACCAGGAGGGUGGCACACCGUGCUUCUGCUUGUAUGGCCACCAACAGCCUGCUCUGCCAGCAA